AUGCGCGGCGGGGAACGACUUAGGAAAGAGCGGAUGAUGCGUGCGACGGUGGACGGCAUCGGACGGGCGACGGUGGACGGCAUCGGACGGGCGACGGUGGACGGCAUCGGACGGACGACGACCCGCGACGAGGAGAACGACGAGGACGAGGACGAGGACGACAGGACGAAGUCUACGACGCCCACGCCGACGAGGCCGACGACGACGACGACGCCGCCGCCGCCGACGACGACGACGACAUUGUCCGCUCAACGGACAUGA